UUCUGCUUUCUCGAUUCCUUGAUCCAAAGCAGAACAGUAGGAGAGAAGCGAGGAGGAUAAAAAUUAACACAUGAGGCUCGCAGCUAAAGUUUCGAGGGUCUUCAGAAAUGGAAUAGGGUCCCUUUUAGCGGUUAAACCGCCUCCUCCAAAAGUGGUGGCACCGCCGCUCAGACAAUUUUCAGCCACUAGCACGCCCAACCCAGUUGCAGUUGAAAUGAUCAAAUACGCCACCUCUCUUGCUCGCCAGAACAAAACAGAAGAAUCGUACGCGCAAGGAUUGCUGGUAUUGGAACAGUGCGAAUCAACUCAACCAGAUGAGAAUUCCAAGGGUUUGGUUGAGCUUGCUCGCUCUACCUUAAUGUUUGAGAGAGGGUUCCAUGAGACAGCAAUUGAGGGAUUGGGAAAGCUUCAAGAUUUAAGCUUGUCUUCUCUUGAUAUCAAAGUUGCUGCUUCUGAAGCUCUGGUGGGAAUUUAUCUACAAAUAUAUCGAGAGGAUGCAGCAUCAGCUGUUGCAGAUUUGGCAUUGCAAAUCCUAGGAUCAAUUAGACAUGGAUUAGGUGAUGGGGGUGGAUUUGAGGUUCUAGAAGCCCGAAUCAAAGCUCUGAAAGGUCUGAUCGAGCUCAUAUGCGGUGACACUGAAUCUGCACAGUCGGUCUUUGAGGGAAUACCGGGAGAGGGAUUGUUGAGUGCCAAUGCUGCCCUGUCUUAUGGCGAGUUCCUUCAUGGAACGCGGAAAUUUUCCACUGCAAAGGAGUUGUACCAGAGAGUAACUCAGGCAAUGUCCGACAUCAAGGAUUUUGGUGAUCCUAACAACCUUGGAGCUUGUAACAUGACACCACGGGAAGUUGCAAUUGCCGCUGGUUGUUCUUUAGGGCAGCUCGAGGCCCAUGUGGGGAAUUUUAGUGAUGCAGAGGAGAUACUGACCACUGCAAUGAAUCAAGUGGAAGAGCACUUUGGCCCUCAACAUCCCAAAGUUGGUGUCAUUUUGACCUGCAUUGCUCUCAUGUAUCGGCUAAAAGCCAUGGCGGAGCGCUCGAGCUCCCUUCUAAUUCAAGAGGGUCUUUUCAGAAGAGCAAUCGAGCUGCUUAAAGCUCCAUCUUUAGAGGUUCAUGGUGUCGAUGGAAACAUUAGCAUGAAAGAUAUAAUCGCACUAGCCAGAGGUGGGUAUGCAGAAACGCUUCUUGUGCAACAGUCGAGAAAAGCAGAAGGGGAGAGAUUGAAACAUUGGGCAGAAACUGCUUGGGGAAACCGGUGGAUGUCACUGGGCGAAGCAUUGGAGCUUUCGGAAUCUUCGCCUAAGAUGGAUCCGAAUAUCAACCAGGAAAAACAGAGUGGCCCGAAGUCGUCGGACUUGCCUCAGAAGAAGCAGAGAACAAGAUAAAGAGAGAGGCCGCCGCAGGGACUAAAAUCCAUGUGGUGCCUUCCAAUUCAUUUGUGACAACAGAUUUCCGCAUGGAUCGGGUUAGAAUCUUCAUAGAUUCCUCCGGCAAAGUUGUUAAACCACCCAGAAUUGGAUAAUACUACAGUAAUAUAUUGAUCACCUUGUAGCUGGGCAUUUUAUCGGAUUUCACAUAAUAGUUGAUAAAUAAUUGGCACCUUCGUGUACUGA